CCCUCUCCUCUCCUCCUCCUCCGCGCGACGACGACGAGGCAGAGCAGCGCGAGCCGCGGCGGCCUAGGGUUCCGCGUUCCGUGCCGCGCCUCCCUCCCCCACCACGCCGGCGACGACGAGGUUUACUGAAGUGCAAACAAUGGAGCGGUCUUCUCAGUUAAAUCCAGAUGCCACUCCCUUUGUGCCUCCACCCAGGUCUUCGUUUGAAGAAAGCUUGAGUGAAAGGAUAUACUCUUUGAAGCAAGUAGGUGAUACUGAAGAGGAUGAGACUGCUGACAAGUCUGCUGAAUAUGAGCUCCCAGAUUCCCUUUCUCUGGACGACUAUGCUGAAAGCCUAGGGAAGCUCAACAUUUCUGCAGAAUCUUCAUCAAAGGGAGCCACUAGUAGUGCGUUUGAUCCAUCACAGUACAAGGAAAAUGAUGCUGAUAAUCAUUUUGCUGUGAUAGAAUCUCUUUCGAAGAUGUUCCCAGAUGUGUCUGCUGACUUCAUUGUUGAAGCACUGAAGGCCCAUGAAUUUGAUACAGAUCUCACUAUCGAUAUGCUCAUUGAUCUGUGUGAAGCUGAUGAUUAUGGGCGUUCCAGCGAAAUGUCAGGAAAGUAGAAGCAACAGCAUCGCUCUUCAUGCACCUCGGCGGAACAAUUACUCUUCAGCUACAUGUUAUUGAAGUCAAUCUACUAGAUAGUCAAGACUGAAUUUGGUGGAGUACAAAUUAUUGCUGCUGUAAAGAACUCAGCCUCAAGUGCUCGUUUAGAAGCCAAAGCAACAAAGACCAAGUUUUGGGUUGUAAGUUCCAGGUGGAACUGCUAUUUUCAGUAUUGAUUCUGCCUCAUGUCGGUGAUUUCACCCAGCAGUUUAUCGCGUGAUCUGCGCAACCCGUUUGGUGUAGCUGAUUAUCUCCCUAGCUAAGUAUUCAGGAACCAGCAAUUGGGUGCAGUUUUGCUGCAAGGCUGUGCUUCAUACCUUGUACAUUCUGGUUUUUCUGCAUUCUGUGUAGGGAGAUAGACCCGUUCAUCCUUGUUCUGCUAUGAUGCAUUGUUUGAACAGACAUGCGCUUGAAGAGAUCUCGUUGCAGUUAUUGAAUGAAGAGCUGGAAACCAUAUGGUCUUGGUUA